AUGAUCCACCAGGCUGCUACCACCCAAGUUGGAUUUUCUUUCAUUUAUCGGGCAAUGUCGGAGUUGUGGAUAAUGGCCGCUAAAAGGGAGAGGCUCAAAAAAGGCCGCAGAAAGGCCGCAAAAAGGCAGCAAAAAGGCAACAAAUAGACAGCCAAAAAGCCGCAUAAAGGCUGCAAAAAGGGUCCCUUUAUCGAGCCUUCAAUUUUUCUGGAAUUUUGAAGGCUCAAGAAAUGGUGGAAGAAGGGAGAGGCAGUAGAAAUAGUGCAUAAGGGCUUAGAAAAUGACGCAAAAAGGCAGAAAAAGGACCUUUCCACCCUUUCUGACUUUGCCUAUGCAGAACUUAAUGAAGAAAAAACCAGAAAAGAAAGUCUUCUAACCUAAAGAAAAUAAAUAAAUAGAGCUUACGAAAUCCGGUUGAACUUCAGAGCCGUCAUAACCGGUCGAAGACGGGAGCCCUGCGGCGAAGAAACAGCUUCUUAUCUCAAACUGGCAAAGUCUCGGUCACCAGCACCUCAAGAAUUGUGAACAGAAUUCGAGUAAAAAUAAUGAAUCACAUUGAAUUCCAGCUACAACCGACCACUUUUUCAAGUGGUUUGACUUCGGGAAAUGCAUCAUUUUUUGAAGCAAAGUUCGCCGCUUCGAAUUUGGUUGGAAUAUUCGAAAUUUUGUAAUGAGGUCCAAAUUUCUUCCUAGAAGAAUAUUGGUUGCUUUGGUGGCUUGGGAACGAAAUUGACGGAGCCAACAGCUGAAAGAGGUGAGUAACCAAAUUCGUAAAUAGGUAAUUUUUUUUUCCUUGGGUAAGGACGGAAGGGUGGAUAGUGGCCUCUAAAUAGGAGAGGCUAAAAAAAAGCUGCGAAAAGGCAGCAAAAAGGGAGCUAAAAGGCAGCAAAAAAGCAGCAAAAAAGGAGCCUUUUUGCACCAUUUCAUCGGCUCUUAUACACCCUUUUUACUGACUCUCCCUUCAAUCAAGCCUUUAAAAUCUUAGAAAAAUGGAAGGCUUGAUAAAGGGACUCUUUUCGCUGCCUUUUUGCUGCCUUUCUGCAUCCUUUUUGCAGCCUUUUUGCACCCUUUUGGGGCCAUUUUUCACCAUUCUGACUUUUCCCGAGUAUGUCCGUGGUUUCUAAAAUUCAAAACAUGCCUCAAAUAUAAAAAAUGAAUAAUAACUAUUUAAAACUUUUUUUUCGGAAGUUGCGUUUGAAAAAGAAGCAUGUUUGUCAUGUCGAAGAAUUUUUCUUUUAAUUUUAUUUUUAUUGCAGUUGAGAAGGCAAACUCUGCGCUCUUGAACUACGCUUGCGACGUUUUGACAUCGGUGAAGCCGAACUUUAUUGAAUUGAACGUGUGUGAUGAUUCUAUCGUGAGUUUGAGUCAUAAAAAAGUCAGCACAUACUGAUUUUAGAGAAAUUUGCGUGCAGAGACCAACCGAACAAACGUCUGCGUUAGUCCGUUACAGGUUUCAUUAGGCUCUUGGAAUAUAUUCUGAUCAGAUUUUGAAUGUCAAGUCACCGCUCAAACUCCGCCCCUAUAUUAAACCAAUCAGAGAGCGAGCCAUCUACAGAGCGUUGUUGAAGGCGGAGCUCGCUGCUUGACACUCAAACUCUGAACAGACUAUACCUUCAAAGAUUCCUAACUUUUAGGCUGCUCGCGGUUGGGGAAUUCUGCUGAACGCGGCUCAAGGGAAAACUGAGUCAGAUGUUACGAAGUUUGUACAGAACUGUGGGUUUUCUGCAUUUUCUUCGAGUUCCGGGCAUAGUCGAAAUGGUGGAUAAUGGCCGCCAAAAGGCCUCAAAAAGGCCGCAGAAAGGCAGCAAAAAGGCAGCAAAAAGGUAGCAAAAGGGUCCCUUUAUUGAGCUUUCUAUUUUUUUUUUUCUGGGAUUUUAAAGGCUCAAUAAUUGGUGGAAAAAGGGAGAGGCAGCAAAAAUGGUGCAUAAGAGCCGAUAAAAUGGCGCAAAAAGGCAGCAAAAAAGGAGCCAAAGAAAAAAGGGACCCUUUUUGCUGCCUUUCUGCGGCCUUUUUUGAGCCUCUCCCUUUUAUUCAUAAUUCGGCCCGAGAUAUGUAAUGUCUUGAUUUGAGAUGACUGUUCUCGUUUCGAGGCACCUACCUAGAUCUUAAUUAUAUUGGUUGAUUAAAAAAAUCUUAUUUAUCAGUGAUUGGUGAAGACGAAAACGUUGAAAUCGAGGAUUCUUUGAUAAAUCUUCACGUGGACAUUGAAGAAGAUGUCCCGAACGCCGUCCGAUUGUUCAGCGAACUUCAGGUCGCUGAAAAAAAAUUUUCAAGGAGUUAAUCGAUUUCCUUUAGCCAUCGCUCUUCCCCAGAGAAAGUUGUGUGCUGAAGGCUGCUCAAUAUUAUAAUGGAAAAGUAUUUUUUUCACCAGUUUGUUAUCAUGUAAAAUCCAAAUUUUAGAGCAAGAGACCUCCGAUUGUUUUCAAAAGUUUUGCUUCGGAUCACGACGGCUUGUCGAUAAUUCAUGAAAUUAAUGAGGAGAUUUCGGUUUUUCCUUGGAAUAUUUGGUUAUAGUCUGUGUGCCACGACUUGAAAUUUCACGGAACGACAUUCCGCUGUUCCGCUGCGUGCGUUCGCAAAGCGUCUUUCGAAUCUUGGUCACGCCUUUCAUUUGAUUGUUAUUGCUGUGGAAGCACAUGAAAGUAGAACACCUUAUAAAAGGAAAAAAAAAAUUAAAAGCACGACCAAGGUUCGCAAAGGCGCGCAGCGGCACAGCGGAAUGUCGUUCGGUGAAAUUCGUGGUACACAGGCUAUAUUACAUCUUUUGACUUUGCAGUUAGCGACCUCUGGCCGUUUGACUAACUGCGUCAAAGAAAAAGGCGGACCGAAUUGGUAAAUUGAAUUUCACCAAAAUAUGAAAAUUUUUGAAAAGUCGAUCUCAAAUGUUGGCUGUCUCGGCGAUCGACUGCACGUUCCACUGGAAGGCCGGCUCUGCAUCGGUUGUCAAUGGUAUAUUUUGUUUCAAUCAGUUGAAAUAUAGUCUCGCGUCUCUGCGUCUCUCUGUUCCCUCACCUGCGAGGUCAGAGAAACAUGGAAAUUGCACGUAAACAUGAGAGAGUCGCCGAGAGAUGAGAAGGGCGCAGAGAAGUCCCGCCCUUUCGAAUCGCGAAGAAUGGACUAUAAUCAUGUAUUCAAUUUCAGAUGGCUCAUUUUACAGCAGCUCUGCAAAGGGUACUACAGGAAUAUCUUAUGUAAGUACAACUCAGUAACUUUUCAUAUUUUCAAAACUUGAGACUAUUUGCGAAGAAAUCUGAUCUUAUUGUUAAUUAUAGAUGAUAUAGAUAUACGACUUCAACACAUUAAAAGCACAAGGGCAAAGUCGGAAUGGUGGAUAAUGGUCGCUAGAAGAGAGAGGCUCAAAAAAAAAGCCGCAGAAAGGUAGCAAAAGAAGUCUUUUUAUAGAGCCUUUCUUUUUUUUCUUGGAUUUUAAAGGCUCACGACAUGGUUGAAAAAAGGAGAGGCAUCAUAAAUGGUGCAUAAGGGUUGAGAAAAUGGCGCAAAAAGGCAGCAAAAAGGAACAUUUCUAUGGAGCCUUUUCCACCCCUUUCCGACUUUGCCUACCUUAUUCAUCUGAGAAGGAAAAUUGCCUCAAGUUUUUGAAAAUUAAAAUUGAUGAGUCAUGUCCUAAGAAUAUUUUUCUAAAUCUUUUGGCUUAUUAUUUUAGACUCCCUACAUCACUGCGGCUUCCGAAUGCAAACAGCUCAAAAAAGGCGACGUACACAUGCUCGAGCUCCCACAUCACUUCUCCGACUUCAAACUGUACCUCUUCAAGUUGCUCUGAUUAUUUUUUCAACGCAAAAAAGAGCUUCUGCAGACACGAUGGCGAGGGUCUGAGCGCGAGCAAGAUGUUGGAAUAUGUGGGCGACUUGUUGGAAGCUGCGCCGGAAACCGCAACGGUUCGAAUCUUCGACUUGAUAAGAAUGAUGAAAAAUUAAAUUAAUGGCGUUUUUCAAAGUGAUCCCCCUGAAAUCCAAAAAUGACCGUCAGAGAAAGAAGAAUGUAGCUACGCUUUGGAGAGUGGUAGGGACUUCAGAGGGGCUCCUGUAGGGGGACCUUAGGGACCCUUAAAGGUUCCCCUUUAGGGACCACUUUACAAACUCGUAUUAAACUUAAACUCGGCAUAAAUCAGUUUUUUUAAAAAGUUGGUCGCACUUGAGUACACCACAAUAAUCUAUAACUAUGUAUCAUUCCUAUACUUCCAAAGAGUAUAAAUUUCAUAUUUGAGUUUCAAAAAAAUCCGCCCGAUCUUGGUAAAAAUGAUAAUGGUUUAAGAUUGCCGUACCGUGCAGCGUCAUAUCGUCCCCAGUUUGCCUGAGCGAACAGGCCAACCGUAAAAGCGGACUCUGGCGGCUUUUCGACAAGGAAAAGUCGCAGUUGAACGGCUUCUACUCGACGGUUGGAGAAGCGGUCCGCGAGACGAUUUUCAUCGCCCUUUGGGAACACUAUCACAAAGCUGUUUUUCAGGUUAUCUGAGAGAUCAAAAACGGGGUGGGGAGACUUCAAGAGAAAUUUGGCGCGAAAAUUCAAACUAAGUACGCAGCCAAAAGCGAUCGAACAAACAAGUUAUUAACGUCGAAUACUCAGUGUGACUUGUGACGUAGAAUGACGUCAUUUUAUCCGGAGCGCGCACUUGCUUUUUUUUGUUAAUUCAGAAAUUUUGACGCCUCGCUCACCUUCCCUCACCCCAUUAGGAAUUCCGUGCAGAUUGAAAUAAUGUUUGUAAAAUACAAGCAGAAAAAAAAAGUGAGAACUAAUGCAAGAAUUUUUUUCCGAUCACCACUGAUCCUCCUUCCCCGCCACCGAAAGAACCAAUCGAUAAAGAUUUUCGGCCAGGUUUUUAUUUAUACUACCGUGUUUUGAAUGAAAAAAAUGAUUCAGGGAACGCUUUUAUAUCUUUGGAUCCAGCGUAUCAGGGCCAAAUUGCUAAUACUAAUUUAAGUACCGGUGGGUUUAGGUUAUUUAUAAAGUCGAUUGGUCGAAGUGAAUGCGAAACCAAAAAUGAAGGGGACGGAGUCAAAACCUUCGCCGUUCCCAUGUGACAUCAUUGGAAACAAGGAAUAUUAAAGGCGCAUGUUCAAUGGGUCCCGAGACGAAUCGAAUUCUCAUAAAAACCCGAUUUUUCCGUUGCCGUGUUGAAAAUAAUUCCGCUAAGUUCAAAAUAGCCGUCAGAAAAAGAAAAACACAACUGAAGUUCGUUCCGAGAUGAUUUUGAAUUUCGCGAAAAUUACCUUGAACACGGUAUGUACGAGGGCGCCGCGGUGCAUGCACACGACACACUGAACCUUACGGAAAAUGUGAUCUUUAGUGGCGUAUUCAUCGGAGAAACGGGACAUGCUUCAAAACGAAAAAUCGUGUUCACCGGCGCGCCAUAGUUGCUCCAAAACAGUACUAAUUUAUGUUUUGGAGGCAAUUUUCUUGCGUUUCGGAGCACUUUUUGUUUUGUCCGAUAAACACGCCAUAAAAAAACUCUGCAAAUUACAAUAUUUCUCAAUUUUUUUUCAGAAGACUAUAGUGAAUUUCUGCUCCCCUACCAUGAAAACCACUUGGCGAAACAUUUCGAAGUUUUCCACCGAUUUCGUGACACGGACAACAACGCCAAUGCUGAUAAGAGAAUCAGUUGGAGCCAUCUUUCCGUUCUUUUCUUGAAUAUUUUCAUUCUUAUCAGGAGAAGCUUCAAUUGUUUUCGAUUCACCGUUCGAUUUUCUCGUCCUGCGCGAGAUUGGCAAACACAAAACGCGGCUGGUCUUUUGCUGCGGUCGUUUUGUAAAUUAUUCAUUUCUUUAUUUUUCAGAAAAAAAAAACUUUUAUUUCCGAGGAACCUUAUGAGUAUAAUUUCCAGAAUAACGCUCCAGGUCUUCUCAGAGAUUCCAACGAUAGGGAACACCCAGAAGUCUGA